GUUCAGGGAAACAGAAACUGAAGUGUUGUUGAGCUGUUGUGCGUUUGUGUCGCUCUCUGUAUUCAUGCAGUAAAAUGGCAGAAGCCAGAAUUUCUCAGGAUGAGUUCACGUGUCCAGUGUGUCUGGAUCUCAUGAAGGAUCCAGUGACUAUGCACUGUGGACACAGUUACUGUAAGAUCUGUAUUACAGGCUGCUGGGAUCAGAAGAGAGUCUACAGCUGCCCUCAGUGCAGACAGACCUUCAGACCAAGACCUGCUUUAGCUAAAAACAUCAUUCUGGCUGAAAUGGUGGAGAAACUGAAGAAGACUAAACUUCCUGCUGACUGUUACGCUGGAGCUGGAGAUGUGCAGUGUGACGUCUGUACUGGAAGAAAAUACAAAGCCGUCAAGUCCUGUCUGGUGUGUCAGGAGUCUUUCUGUCAAACUCAUUUUGACCGCCAUGAGGAAUAUCACUCUCGUAAGCCACACAAAGUGAUCGAUGCCACAGGACGACUGCAGGACAUGAUCUGCCAUAAACAUGAUAGAGAGCUAGAAAUGUACUGUAUCACUGAUCAACAAUGCAUCUGUGUGCGGUGUAAGGAGUAUGAACAUAAAAACCACAACACUGUAUCAACUGCAGAACAGAGGACAGAGAAACAGAAACGGCUGAAGGAGACGCAGAUAAAGAUCCGUCAGAGGAUCCAGCAGAGAGAGAAAGAUCUUCAGCAGCUGAGAGAGGCUGUGGAGUCUCAUAAGAGCUCUGCACAGACAGCAGUGGAGGACAGUGAGAGGAUCUUCACUGAGCUCAUCCCCUCCAUUGAGAGAAGCCGCUCUGAGGCCACACAGCAGAUCAGAGAUCAGGAAAAGACUGCAGCGAGUCGAGCUGAAGGACGACUGGAGCAACUGGAGCAGGAGAUCAAUGAUAUGAGGAGGAGAGACGCUGAGCUGGAGCAGCUUUCACACACACAGGAUCACAUCCAUUUCCUGCAGAGUUUCCAGUCUCUCUCAGCACCUCCUGAACUGGAGGAUUUCUGUAAAGAGGAGCUGAAGAUCUCUGACAGAGGCACACUCACCAACAUGAAUCCCAAGACCAGGAACGACUUCCUACAGUAUUCCCAUCGGAUCACUCUGGAUCUGAACACAGUGAAUGAAAACCUCCAUCUGUCUGAGAGGAACACAGUGAUUACUAACACUGACACACCGCUGUCGUAUCCUGAUCAUCCAGACAGAUUUGAUUAUUAUCAGCAGGUGUUGUGUAGAGAGAGUGUGUGUGAUCGACGCUGUUACUGGGAGAUUGAGUGGAGUGGAUACGAUGUGGAUAUAUCAGUGUCAUAUAAGAGCAUCAGGAGGAAGGGACGGGGUCGUGAGUGUGUGUUUGGAAAUAAUGAUCAGUCCUGGAGUUUGAUCUGCUAUUCCUCCAGUUACUCAUUCAGACACAAUAACAUACGGACUCGUCUCCCUGCAAAGUCCAUCAGAUACAGGAAAAUAGGAGUGUAUGUGGAUCACAGUGCAGGAACUCUGUCCUUCUACAGCGUCUCUGGAGACACAAUGAUCCUCAUCCACACAGUCCAGACCACAUUCACUCAACCGCUCUAUCCUGGGUUUAGGGUUUUAUCUGGAUCAUCAGUGAAACUAAUUUGAUGAAUCAGAACAGACUGAUUCUACCCAUAAUGCUUUGAGCUCAUGACGAAUCAGUCUCUUAUUUUCUCUUCAUUACAUUAAUACUACAGCUGAAUGUUUGCAGUUGAAAUAGACAGGAAGAAUACUGUGUGUGUGUGUGUUAUAUUGUAUGUACUGAAAACAGACUCUCUACCUUUACUGCUACUCAAUAUACAAUGUUUUUGACGUUGGACAUGCUGGAUGACAUCAUGGACUAUGGGCCUUGGAAGACUUCUGUGAGAAACGAGCAAAAUCAAUUUUGGAAUUGUUAGAUUUUCCUGUAUUUGGCCGUGCAGUCGUUUGGGUGGCUCGCCAAUGUAUUCGAUUUCUCUAAUACAUAAAAUAAGUAAGCUUGACCAGAGUUCUUGUGGGGAGAAGAAUUUAUUGAAGGUAGUCGUGUAGCACAGUUCUUCAGCAGCGAUGUCAGCGUCUCAGCCUUCAAAAUAUCUUAACCCAAAGUUCUGUCUGUGGGACAGAACUUCAUACAUGAAGACAAAAGGGCUACAAACAACAGAAAACUUAUAGGACCUCCCACAGGAGAUCGAUUGACCCUGCGAUCUACUCUGACAGUUGAUACAAUGUGUGAUUUGCAAGGUAUACACCAAUAAACAUUUUGAGAUCA